AUGGCGCCCAGCCGCCAGUCUAGAUUACAAGGUGGUGUCAAGAUGCUGGGCAUUUCCGCAUACAAGUACAUAUCCCAGGGAGUUCCUGUUUCCCCCGGACCGCUGGUUCUGUUCCCAAGUAUAUCCCAGCCAUCUUCUGCGAGUACUCGUCUUCCAGCAUUCUCUUCGCGUAUCCAGCGGCCCCCCUGCACACUGAGAAGCCCACUCAACAAUAACUGGGUGUCCUCUCUCUCUUUCUCUCUCUCACACACAGCAGCGUUUCCAGGCGAAUCUCUGCCUUCCCAAAACCCGAUCUUCUGUACAGCAUAUCUCCCGGACUCGAACGACUUCCACCACAACACUCAAGAUGCGUACCUACUUCUUGCUUGCGGCACUUCCUCUCCUGGCCUCGGCCUGGUCAGAGCAUACUCUCCUCACACGCGCAACUGGCAACGCAACAUCAUGCGACUCCGGCGACAAAGUCUGCGGCGCGUACUGUAUCCCCAGUGA